UUUUCAAAAAAGGUUCCGGUAUAAAGGGGGCGGAGCCGUCGGUAGCUGUAGUGUAAACAGUUAACCGUUAGCCUCUGUAGCUAACAUUUUGGAAAAGAUUGGGCUUACAGUGAGUGGGUUUGCACGCGGAAUGGCUUCCCUCUCCCUCUCCUCCCUGCGUCUCCUCGUCCCGCCUCUCCGCCUGCUAACAGCGGCGAUGUGGCAGGUCGCACGGCACGAAAUGGUGAGGCAUUAUGGGAUGCUGGAGGACUUUGUUUCCCUGGUGACUGAGGCCGUCCCGCAACUGCUGACGGACAGACAGAGGUGUCUGCUGCUGCUGGCUCUGAGGGCAAAGGUCACGUUGUCAGAACCAAAAUCAGCUGCCAUCCAUUCCCACCUAGACAGGAUCUACUCUGAGGCAACGCAGCUGGAUGAAGACGUAAGCGAAUGCUGGUCUGCUUUGUUGAUGCUCACCGACAAAUUGACAAAGAGUCCAGACAAUUCUCAACGCCUCCUACAGGAGGUGUUUGACCAGAGGUUUGACUCCGCCCUCCAGUCCCUCAUAUCUGACUUCCUGUCCAGGAUCGAGCAGCUCUUUCCUGUUCCCGACUUCAAACAGGCUGCCUCCUGGUUCGAUGCUGCCCCCUCUGGGCUGGAGGACUGUCUGCAGAAGGCGGACAAGGAUGAUCUGAGGGAGCUGCUGACCAAUCAGAGCUGUUUACAGGGACAGGCACUGGCGACAGUGGGUUGUGAUACAGAGGAGACCCUCCUGUCUGUGUGGUCCCACCCCCUUUUCACUAAACUGAUCAAUCCCAACCCUCCUCCACCUGAAACGGAGAUCCAAUCAGAUGUGCUACCUGAGGUUAGUAGCCCCUUGCAGCUGGACGUGGAGCUGGUGAAGGUGGAGGUGGUGGUGAUAACAGAGGACGAGCAGGAAGAGAUCGAGGAGACUGUGAUUGGUUCAGAGCUGGAGGCGUCCAAUGAGAGCUCGGCAGCAGUCGGCAAUGAAUGUGUAGUCACACCUGUGGUUGUGGAGGUGGACAGGUUGAGGGACUCAUGUGGAGACAUUGUCAACCAAUCAGAAGACACAGAUCUCUCCUGCUCAGAGGUCACAGCUAAUGCUCUGCACAGCAUUUCCCACAAUUCCCAGCGUGUGGCUCACAAGUGUCCUCAGUGUGGCAAAUGUUUCAUCUACCGCUCACAGGUGAUCCGACACCUACGCACUAACAGGUCCUGCGGUUCGGCCUUAACGACAUCCGUGCUCGAACAGACUCAACUUGGCGGCGCUGACAAAGAGCCCUGCCUCCCUCAGAAUAGGCCCCCUCCCCGACCCGUCAGGUCUCUGUCCUGCUUCCAGUGCAACGCCAUGUUCAAGACCAAAGCCGAGCUGCUGUCGCACCAGCGCACACACCGGGCCCGCCCCAUCUACCACUGCGUCCAGUGCGACAAGGAGUUCCACCAUCUAUCCAGCCUGACCAAUCACAAGCAGACACACCUGGACAAGGGAGGUUUCACCUGCAGCCGGUGUAACAAGGUGUUCGAGUCGGCCAAGGACAGGGACGUCCAUCGGCUGCAGCACCGGCUGCCCGACCUCACCUGCACGAUGUGUGAUCAGACGUUCAGCUCACAGACGCGGCUGCUGCGACACCUGCAGACGCACUCGGUGGAGGGGGCGAAGCUCCGCUACAACUGCCGCUUCUGUGACCAGACCUUCUCAGGGGUGACCCAGCUUCGUAUCCACCAGCGCACACACACCUUCCGCACGUACCAGUGCGACCUGUGCAGCAAGACGUACGGCUCGCUCACCGGCCUGCAGUCCCACCGGGCGACCCACACCGCUGAGAGCCGCUUCCUGUGCUCGCAGUGCGGCAAGCGCUUCAAGACCCGCGAUGGCCUGGAGGGCCACCUGAGGACACACACUGGGGAGCGGCCCUACCGCUGCCCCUACUGCUCCAAAGACUUCACCGCGCUCGCUGGCCUCAACGUGCACGUGCGGCGGCACACCGGGGAGCGGCCGUACGUGUGCACGGUGUGCGGUAAAGGCUGGCCGUCCGGCGGUGACCUGCAGAAACACAUGAGGACGCACACGGGCGAGCGGCCCUAUGUCUGCCAGGACUGCGGGAAGGCCUUCUCCAUUUCCUGUCACCUGACUGAACACCGGAGGAUACACACAGGAGAGAAGCCGUUCUCGUGUCCGGAGUGCGGGAAAUGUUUACGGAGGAAGUUUGACCUGAAGAAACACAUGUUGUCCCACAGCAACAUCCGUCCCUACGCCUGCACCUUCUGCACCAAGAGCUACACCCGAAAAACUCACCUGAACAGACACCUGCUCACACACCGGACUGCCGACAGCGAGGUGGUGGCGGUGCAGGUGGUCGAGGAACCCUGAGGAUGUGCUUAAAUCAGAACUGUGCGCGUUGUACGACUUUCAUGCGUUCAUUCCUGCAGUGAGUGAAUCGAUCGCAGAUUCCCGAGUCUGAGUCGACUUGUGGUGAUGCAGUUUGAGGUGGGAGCAGGUGAUCUGCGUGGAUCUGAUUUACAGGCAAAACUAACAGCUGGAAACAACAGGAAGCAGUUCUGCAACUUCAGCUGAUGAAGCGAGUUUGAUCAUUCAUUCACGAAUCAAAAAAACUUUAUUUUGAAUGUUUAUGAAUAUUUUAUUU